AUGAGCCAUAGAAAGGUUGUACGGACCGGACCUGUAAAUUUCAACAUCCAGUGCAGCCAUUAUACCCCUCCGUUUCCCCCGACCAUCUAUUUUCAAAGAUUCCUAUCCGAGCAGCAGCUCAGCUUCAAGGUGCGUCAGGUUUUGUUCCACACACAGCAAACAAACAAGACCUUUCUCCUGGAACCCCGCAUGCAAGGCCAGACCGCGAAUGAGGCCUGGUGGAACAAGUUUUCGGCCGAGAAUGACGGCAUCAUAACCCGCAUCGCCACAGUAGUCGACGAACUUUGGGACUUUCGAUCUGAUAUCUUCUCCUCUGGGAGCGUCGACUCCAAACAAAAUCUGCACGCCGAGUCGCUCAAAGAGCACUUGCCACUGCGAAAGCUUGGGGAUACGAUGUUCCCAAAGGUUACAAACGUAUAUAAUAAGCUGGACAAGUUGCGAGAAAACGAGUGGAAGAAGGGAUGA